AUUGUGACGUCACAGUAAGCCGUGCUUAAAAAUAUCAAUGCUUUGGGAGGUUUGUAGACGAACACACGUAAACAAUGUUUCGGUGGAUGGUGUGUGGUGUUAGAAGGCUGUAUCAACCUUUUUGUGUUUUAUCCGGGAAGACACAUUCAAACCUGCGAUGUGUUAACUGGGUCAAUUGUCAGGGCAUUAAACUUCAAAGAGCCAACGUGGAUUAUACAGAUGAGACCGAUUUUAUGGAGAUCGAUUUUUUUUACAGAGACUUUGACGAGAAGUGCAAUGAGGCCGACAUCGAUACGAUCUCUCUCAUCGCUAAAAACAACCCCGAGUUCGUCUGCCUAAGGCGGAUCACAGAGCGCCAUUACUGGGGGAGCGUGCACUCUCUCAUGCGACAGUUAGGAUACACGGGUUACCUAGAGGAUCUGCGGCGGGGUCGAUGUAAGGGGGUCCUCAUUAGGGAUGACGUGGCGGAAUUAGUGAAGCCAUACUAUGGUACUGUGUACAGGAAUAGAAGGCAUUUCCCCUUUAAGAACUUACAAGGGACUAAAUCCAAUAAGACCUGACUAUGUUAUUUCCUAUGGAAUAUGAUAUUGAUUUGCAAUCAUGGUAUUAGUACUCAGAGAUAUGUAAAUAUUUUUCUACCUCAAGGAAUAAUAUAUUUAUGUGUUCCUUGAGAGGCCAGCAUAAUAACAUGUAGAAUGUUAGUAACCCAAGAAGGUUGUUUUUGAUUCCUGUAUAAUGUCGAAACAGCUGUGGGAAAGCCCUAUUGUAAAAUUUUAAUUCAACACGAAUAUUAAUUCGUAGACAGAUAUAUUGUUUUAGUGUAUUCAUUUUCCAGCAGUAUUGAUGAGCUCGAGUAAAACAAAUUUAAUGUUUUUUUUAGAAACAUGUCACUGCCUGUAUAUGUACAUAUAGUUAAUUUACACACAUCUUUAAAUUGUAUGUAAUUGUACUAGUAUUACAGUUCAGGAUAUUUCAAGAGAUUUAAAAUCGAAUAAUCAAAUCUUAACAAAUAAUUAAUAAAGAUACGAGAUGCAAUUUUAUGCAUUAAUUGUUCAAAUUUUAAUUUCUCUAUUCAAUAGUUGAUUUUAUUUGGUUAUAUUUCAUAUUUAAGCUUUUAUUGAGCCCGGUAAACCUGAUAAUACUAGUGCAAUGAUUUAAUAUUUAUUAUAAAAUGAAAAUAUUUAUGUAUUGAAGCAUGGAAAUUAGUCAAUCAGUCUUAUG